AUGCCAUCUCAGAAUUAUACACAAGUUCACUUCGAUUUUCCCCUUCUUUCAGCACCACCCCCCAACAUUCAGACACCGAACAGUCGAAACAUGGCUGAUGCAAUCAACAAGAUUACUGAAGACAACUAUAAUUCCAUGGCAACUAGUCUUACAAAGAUGACUGAAUCAAUAAACACGAAAUUCCAAGAGUUUCAUAAUAAACAAGAAGAUAUUUCUCGCAAUGCAAUUCCCAGCAUGACUCUCCUUGAACGAAUUUCCAACAAACUCACCAGCAUAGACACUCGAUUGACCGGCAUGGAAACUAAAUUGACCGACAAAAUCAACGGCUUGGAGACUCGAUUUACCCUCAUGGAGACUCAAUUGACCGAUGUCACAAAUCGAACAAUAUCAGUGGAAACUAAGGUGGAAAAUGUUGAAACAAACAUGGGAGGACUGAAGGUGGAAAUGAAAAAUCAAUUCGCUAUUCAAAAUAAAUUAUCUGCUGCUCAUCAACACAACUCUGCGGCAAGAGUUAGUAAUAGGUUUUUUGUUAAUAAACCUGAUGAUACUUUGUAUAAUUUGUUGUGUGUGGAUCUCGACGAACCUGAUGUUAUCGGUCAACCUUUAUCUAAUGUACCUGAAGGGAAAGAAGCUUUGAUGAAUCUCACAAGACCAGAAAUGAUUCAGCUUAUCAAAGCUUUAGGUCAAGAAACUACCGGUAGUACUCGUGCUCAAGUAAAAAGUCAACUCUUGAUUGCUUUUGGGUUCAACCAAUGA